AGUAAACAGUCUAAGAUGGGCGGAUGGGCGGGCGUCAAUUGUUUCGUUUUGUGCGGAUUGUUGUAUCUAGCUUAGGUAGAGGAUGUCUGCACCUCAGCCAUGUUUACGACUUUUAGCUUAACCUUUGUCAUGGCCCCUACAGGUUGCCCAGCUGGUCCUAGUGCCCACCUUCUGUUUUGUUUGUUUUUACCUGUAGUCUGUUGAACAGAAGAAUGAAUUGUAUGUAGAGUUAUACCAAAAUGGGCCUCCGGCGCCUUUGCUUUGAAAAGAUUCGAAGACUCGGGUCCAGGGCACAUGAGAAACAAACCAGAGUCACCCUUAGCAUUUCUUAGGGUGACAUGACACUUCUGACAAGAAUUGACUCUAGUCUCCGUUGUCAAGUAGAAGGAAGCUAAGAUAGUGGAUUUUUGUCACAGAUGUUGCUUUGUAUUUGCAGUGGUGAAAUCAUGCUGUAACUAGAACUUGAUCCCUGCCUAACCCUGUUUUUGAAUGCUGACUCAAACCUGCUGACGAGUGGGAAUUUACAUCUUUUGAGAAUUACAGUCGCCCUUUGCCCUGUUUUUGGACUAAGACCUUUGUACUAAGGACAUAUCUGUAUUUUGCAUAGCCCUGUGGGCCGAAAGUUACAUUGAGUAUGUAGAAUUUACACGGUUUCUUACAUCACAGAAGUUUGACCCUUGUUGGAUCAAAGUGGAUUUUGCUCCCUUGUGAUAGGUUCAGUGUCUUCCAGCAAACUAGUUCUGCCAUGGAAAUGCAGUUAUCAAAAUUGACUUCGGAAGAGAGAAGGCUAACAAUGGAAAACACUGGGAAAGUUACCAGAAAGCUGUCAUCCUCGGUGCCAGGCUCAGUUGAUGUCACAGGCUAAGAAACUCUUCCCCAGAGGACAGCGGGAAGCACCAUGAUGGACUCAGAAGCGCAUGACAAGAGGCCCCCAAUGUUGACCUCUUCCAACCAGGAUUUGUCGCCUCACAUUGCGGCCGUGGGGGACGGAAAGCAUUACUUCUGUGGCUGCUGCGCGGCUUUCAACAACGUGGCGAUCACUUACCCCGUUCAGAAGAUCCUCUUCCGGCAGCAGCUGUACGGCAUCAAAACCCGCGAUGCGGUCCUGCAGCUCCGGAAGGAUGGCUUCCGCAACCUGUACCGGGGGAUCCUCCCGCCCCUGCUGCAGAAGACGACCACGCUGGCACUUAUGUUCGGUCUGUAUGAGGACCUGUCACGCCUGCUCCGCAAGCACGUGAGCAGCGCUCCCGACUUUGCCACCCGAAGCGUGGCAGCGCUGCUCGCCGGGACAACAGAAGCCAUUCUCACUCCAUUCGAAAGGGUUCAGACUUUGCUUCAGGACCACAAGCAUCACGAUAAGUUCACAAACACUUACCAGGCCUUCCGGGCGCUCAGGCGCCACGGGAUUGCAGAGUACUACCGCGGCUUGGUGCCCAUCCUUUUCCGAAAUGGGUUCAGCAAUGUCCUUUUCUUUGGCCUUCGAGGGCCCAUUAAGGAGCAUCUGCCCACUGCCACCACACACAGCGCACACCUGGUCAACGACUUCAUCUGUGGAGGUGUGCUCGGGGCCAUGCUGGGCUUCCUAAGCUUUCCAGUUAACGUCGUCAAAGCGCGGAUACAGUCUCAGAUCGGCGGGCCCUUCCAGUCUCUCCCCAUGGUUUUCAAGACAAUCUGGAUAGAAAGGGACAGGAAACUGAUCAAUCUUUUCAGAGGCGCCCAUCUGAAUUACCACCGCUCUCUCAUCUCCUGGGGAAUAAUCAACGCAACGUACGAGUUUUUGUUAAAGAUUGUGUGAUGAGGUCACUAUAUGAGAUGAGAUAUUAUUUUGUUCUAACUAGUCCUAAGGAAAAUGCAAUUUGGCUUUGCUCCUAAUUGGCUUAAAUGCAGGUUGGUGUCAUUAAGACCAAGCCAUAAUUCACGGACAAAGCAUUGACAAGAACGGGGUACAGGUUUCAGUGGGCAGGUGUCGGGGUCAGGGUUGUUGUUACUCCAGAGCUUUAGGCCGUUGCCCGGGAACCAGCCUGUGCCUGAUGACCUGUCAGGGCAGAUGGCGGCUGAGACGGAUUUCUUUGCCUCCAGAAGGUUGUGAGGCCUUCUGUGUGGAGACUGGUCGCCAGCCAGAGCGCGUGCUCCUAGCCCGGGGCGUCUCAGGCUCACCCGCACCUCAUUAUCUCCUCUCUGCUCUUAGAAGAUCAUCGUUGCCAUUGAACCCCAGCUCCACACAAGGAUGGAUGGCCCUCGGCGCCGCUGCAGCGGAGGCUCCAUGGUGAAUUGUUGGGGUUAGCUUUGAAACUAAGUGCUGUGGAGAUAGCCAUUAUCCAAACUUUCUGUUCAGAUUUGAUAGAAUUGAGCAGCUCAUGAAAGCUUCCAUUUUGCUGUUUAGUUUUGAACAUUUUCUGUUUAAUUCUGAAUAUGACUUUAAGCCCUUCCAGAAUGUCCUUGUACUGUUUUUACUGAAUUCAUUGCCAAAAGAGUAGAGUGCCCUGGUUAAGCUCUGCUCCCCUGAUGACUUCCCUGUGCUCCUGGUGUCCACCCAGCCGGCCAGCGGGGCGCCGUCCCUUGUGGGUAGGAACUGGCACGUCUAUCCUGUUCUCUGGUACUAGACUUUAAAAAAAUAAACACUUCCAUAAAGUUUUAUUUUGGGAGUCUUAAUACAACCCCAGGUCUUCUUUUUUUCUGGUUUCUCAGUGCUGCAGAAUGAGGUAAGGCGAGGAGGGUCCUUCCCCCUCCCCACCCCCCCAUCGACCCUCCUCCUUCCUGUUUCUCUGGAAAGAGAUUUCAGGGUCCUGAUGCUCUAGGAGCCAGGUUACCACUGUGCCAUUUAGCAGUCUCUAGGUAACAGCACUGACUUCUGGAGCUCUGGUAGGAGGGAACCAGGCCAAGGAGUCACAUAGUUAUUUUCUGGGUAAAUGUAACUCACAAUUUGACUGAAAUAACAUCUGUCUGGGAAGUAGCUCAGAAUCUUAGAGAAGCUGGCUGCAAACACCACACGUGACCUUGUUUCCCAGGAUUGGACAUAAGCAAGUCAGUUUCUUUGUUUUUUUAAUGGUGCUAGGGAUUGAGGCCAUGCACAUCCUAGGCAAAUGUAUCCCCCUGAGCUGCACUCCAGCCUCCCCACCCCCCAAGUUUUGCUUUUACUUGAUUUGAUUUGAUUUGAUUUGAUUUGGGGACAGGUUCUCAACAUGCAGCAGAGGCUGCUCUUGGGCUCACCUGGCUCUGCAGUCUGAGUGCUGGGAUUAAAGGCGUUAGCUGCCAUGCAUGGCGUCCCCGUUCGUCCAUCUGUCCGUCCAUGAGGAUAGCUUGCUUGCUUUUUUUUUUUCCAGAGCUGAGGACAGAACCCAGGAUCUUGCACUUGCUAGGCAAGCGCUCUACCACUGAGCUAAUCCCCAUCCCCAAAGAUAGGUUUCUUACUAACAGUUUUUCAUCUCUGGGUAAUUUGUGUGUGUGUGUGUGUGUGUGUGUGUGUGUACACCUACAAACUGAAAUCAGACCCCCCAACUGGUUAAAUAAAGCUAACAUGUCGGGAGCCUAGCAAGUAUUGGGGGGCAGUGGGGGAGGUCCGCGGCUUUGGAGCGACUGAUGGAAGAGUUUGUACAGUACAAUGCAGACUCAGCAGACAAGAAUUUGUCCGAGAUAUAUCUGAGUAGUACUGUGUCUUCAGUUAUGAUUUGAGGGUGAGAACUCUUGCUAACGAGAGAUGACGCCUCUGUUCCUGACCCCCACCCCUGUGUCCAUGAGCAGUGUGGCCCCGGCGCGGUUCGGGACACAGGAGUUAACCAGGGAUUGUACUUGGCCUUGUCUUCUCCCCACCCCAGGCAGGGGUGGAAGUUUUAGUUGUAACGCACUCCUGUGAAGUUCACGAGGCUUUUAAGGGUGAUGUUCUGGCUUUGCUGUCUUAAUUAUGUGACAUUUUAAAGCAAAAUUAAACUUCCUCAUGCUUUUUAACUUUUAAACACUCUAUCACCCUUAGAGCUCUUGAAGACUAGACCACAGUGUAUUACAGAGGUGGCUUUGUCUCUGGUAAAUUUAAGUUUGACCAAAAAAAAAAAAAAGAAAAAAUCCAGAACUUGUAACCCACUUUGAACUUUUGUGUCAGAAUGUAAUAGUCUUAACUAGUGCGGAGAUAUUUCUUAAAGGUGAAAAGACUAAAGACCUCUCUGAAAAGCUUUAAAGUGGCCUUUGUUACAUGUGUGGCACGGGUGGCUCAUGAGUACAGGACACAAGUGUCCCGUGUGUCCUAUCUGAUGCCACCAGAAACCUACGAGUUUUGCAUUUACCACACGCCAGUGCUGUGAACCCUCAGGACUGCAGCAGAGUCAGCACAGCCCUUGCAUUGUGGCAAAUUGGUGUUUUGCUUCCUUUGUGGUUAGAGAUAGAUAUUUGUGCCUAUCAACAUUUAUCUUGUGGUUGGUCUUAUAAUCACUUGCUAUAUAUUGUGACCCUGUGCAAUAAAGCAGAAUUGUACAUACAUAGUUAUAUUUGGGUACCCAAAAUUCCUGAGCUCAAUUACAAUGUAGAUAAACUUGUAAGGUUUAGAGGGCUGGCCUCAUUUAUGUGGUUAACAGAGAAUGAACCCGGGUUCGAGCCUGGUAAGAGCCGGGUGGGUGCAGUCACAGCCGGGCCAGACUGUUGGCGGUGAGGCAUUCAUACUUGGACUCCCUAUGUCAAAUGUAUUUUUCUCAUAUACAAAUAAAUGCAUAUCAAAAAUUUGAA